CAGUCCAGAUAGCCAGUUGUCAACAGGCUGAGCAAGAAAUCGAGUUGUUAAUACAACUUGGUACGUGGAACUGAUAACUCAAACGUUACCGUGUCGAGAAAAGCCUUAGGACUCCUUUUGGAAGUUCAGUUUUGUUCGGUGUAACGUUAUCCACACAGAAAUGAAGUCCCCCGGACACGAAGCCCCCUGAGCAUCAUGGACAUGUGAAACGUGACUCUGCAGCAGGCAGAUGCAAGUCCCAGGCUGGAUUGAAUGGCACUGAGGAUACAAGACUGUGACUCAGUGGGAGUACUGCAAUGACUAGCCGGCAUCCUAGCCAUGCAGAGAGUGCUCACUCCACAGAAAAACAGCCGCCUGCCUUGUCCCCCAAGCUCCAUGUCCAGCGAUCGCCAUCAAAGGACACCAUCACCAUCCACUUCUCAGCUCUUGGGAAGGAGGAAGAGGAGGAGGAAGAGGAGCUGUACAGGACAAAGGUCUCCACUACCUCAGCUGCUCAGGAUGACUCAAACAUUGUGCAAGCCUUAGAAGCAAGUGAGGAAAUGUUUGAAGGGGUGCCAUUGGACGCUGCAGCUGAGGUUGCUGUCAUGCCUGAAUCAUCCAGAUUUUCUCCAGUUUCUAGACAUCACACUAACCAUUCUCCCACACAAACCUCAUCAUCAUGUAUUUCUGAGCAAAAAGGCACGACUACCAAUCCCUCUCCAACUAAAUCUUUGAGCUUCCCCUCCAGUGACAAACCCUUCCUCAGCUUGGUGAAGUCUCUCUCCUCUGACAUUGAGUCUCGUGAUGGAAUCCCUUCUGUUGCUACUUCCACAGUAAGACACAGGCACCUGAUGAAGACUCUUGUCAAAUCUUUAUCUUCAGAUACAUCCCAGGACUCAUCCUCCUCCUCCACACCCUACCGUCUUCCAGAAUCACGCCUUAACCUGCAACUCUUCAAACAAUUCACACAGUCCCGGAUACCACCUGCUACCACAAUGUCAGCUGGUGAUACUAAAACUGUCCCUUGCUCUCCAUUAACCUCUCCAGAUAACCGCAGCUUCUUCAAAGUCUCAGAGGUUGAGGCAAGAAUUGAAGACACUAAGCGACGUCUCUCUGAGGCCAUCUCCGAACCUCUCCAGCUGCUAAGUAAGAUCAUGGAUGAAAAGAGUGGCAGCUUAGUUAGCAGCAGUAUUUACCGACCCAAGGCCCUCUCUGCCAGUGCCUCAGAACUCUCCAAUAUUACCUCUAUUAAUGGUCACCUGGAGAGUAACAACAAUUACUGCAUCAAGGAGGAAGAAGGAGGUGACUUUGAGGCUGAAAGCCCUAACAGCAGGGCUUCUGGUCAAGCUGAAUCACCUGUUGCCUCUUCUGUUGACACAAAGAGCCCAAACAAAUCCUUACUUUCCAUGUCCUUGGACAAAUGCUCCAUGUCCGCUCUUGCUAAACAAGAGGAUGAGGACUUUUGCAUCCUGUACAGUGAGGACUUUGAGACUUGUACUGACACAGAAGGUGACUGUGGUGAUAGAACGGAUGAUACUGGAACUGGGAGUCAAACUAAAGUGCCACUAAGUGGUAGUACUGAACCAUGCAGUGAAGAUGAAUCUGAAAGUAUUGAACCGGCACCUAGUGUUCCACACUAUACUCUCAUCAUCCUUACUAUAUUGGUCUAUGGGUAUUUUGUUUUACCUCUGCCCAAUUAUAUAGGAGGAAUGCUGCUUGGGAUUGGGCUGGGAUUCUUUUUAGCCAUUGGUGUUGUGUGGCUGACUGGACCAAAACCUUCUGGUGGUACUUUUAGACAUACCAGACACACCAGGAAGCUGUGGAAUCUGACCAAGUUGGACAUUAAGGAACCAGAAAUCUAUAAGGGCUGGAUGAACGAGAUAUCAAACUAUGACCCAGAGACAUACCAUGCCACACUGACACAGUCUGUGUAUGUUCGGUUGGAGGGCUCCAUCAUUCGUUUGUCUAAGCCCAACCACAACAUCCCCCGCCGUGCCUCUCACAAUGAACCAAAACCUGAUGUGACCUACAUCAGUCAGAAGAUCUAUGAUCUCACCAACAGCAAAGUAUAUUUAAUGCCUCAGAGCCUGGCCAGGAAGCGUAUAUGGAACAAAAAAUACCCCAUAUGCGUUGAACUUGGUAAACAGGAUGAUUUCAUGUCCAAGGCCGAAGGUGACAGAUGGGAGUCCAGUGAGAGCUUCAACACAAGGGACAGAGGAGAGGGGACAGGAGGAGCACAGGAACGAGGGGGGUCAACUUUGUUCAGUCGAGACCUGACCCUCUAUCUGUUUGGAAGGACUGGGAGGGAGAAGGAGGAGUGGUUCCAGAGGUUUCUAUCAGCUUCCAAGCUCAAGGUGGACUUGAAGAAAGGUCCAAGUGUUGCAGGAAGUAAAAGUGCUCCAAGCUCUCACAGUCGCAGCAGCAGCCGCAGCAGUCUGGAUGAGGCACUGGCAUCUCUGCCCAGAUCAAAGGACUCCUCAGUCUCCUCAACAACAGCAAGCAGUGCCAGAAGCAAACUGCUACUGGACUACAAUGUCUACAUGGCCUCCUUACUGCCAAAACAGGUGGUCGUCAGCCCUACAGCUGCCAGCCCUGUUCUCCAGAGUCCUCAGAGCAGCCCUGGGGCUGAUAAGAAGCUGCAGAGCACCACUUUAGCUCAGGUGCAGCCCAGGGAGGAGGAGGGGGAGCAGGAGGAGGAGGAUACUGUUGCCUGGGUGAAUGCGGCUCUUGGCCGGGUCUUCUGGGACUUCCUGAGCGAGCCCUACUGGGCUGAGCUGGUCUCCAAGAAGAUACAGCUAAAGCUCAGCAAGAUUCGGUUGCCUUACUUCAUGAAUGAGCUAACCCUGACAGAACUGGACAUGGGCUCGUCCACACCCAGAAUCCUCCAGGCAUCCAAACCCACCAUUGACUACCGAGGUCUGUGGUUUGACUUGGAGAUUUCCUACAGUGGUUCCUUUCUGAUGACCCUGGAAACCAAGAUGAACCUUAUUCGCCUGGGCAAGGAGGGAGAAAGCUUCCGUUUUGGGGAAUUUGGCAAAGAUGGAAACAGGCCACGGACUUACUGCCUGGCUGAUAGUGAUGAAGAGUCAUCCAGCGCGGGCUCAUCAGAUGAAGAAGACUCCUCAGAGCUCUCAAAUGACUCGACUGGAGCAGAGGGUUUGGUUGGAGGCCACAAACCCAGCAAGAUCAUGCGCUUCGUUGAUAAGAUCACUAAGUCCAAAUACUUCCAGAAGGCCACAGAGACAGAGUUCAUCAAGAAGAAGAUGGAGGAAGUGUCUAACACACCCCUUCUGCUUACAGUGGAGGUGCAGGAACUCCAAGGAAUGCUGGCUGUCAACAUACCCCCUCCGCCCACUGACAGGAUAUGGUAUGGCUUUAGGAAGCCACCUCACCUGGAACUGAAGGCGCGCCCUAAACUGGGAGAAAGAGAAGUCACUCUGGCUCAUGUUACAGACUGGAUAGAGAAAAAACUGGACCAGGAAUUCCAGAAAAUCUUUGUCAUGCCAAACAUGGACGAUGUAUGGCUGACUAUCAUGCAUUCUGCCAUGGACCCACGCACAGCCAGCGGGCCCUUAGUUGACCCCACAGUGGACCCACAGCCUUCACAGCCAGAGAAAGUUGGCUCCAACCAGCCAUGAAGAUUGUUUACAGUAUUUCCUAGAGCUUAUGAAGUCUCAAAAUGGGAACUCUAGCCAAAGUGGAUCGGUCAGACUCUACUUUAACACACAUCCAUUCCUGUAGUGAGUGGGUUUUUCACCCACUGUAGAGGAAAGCACAUAGAAUUUAAAGAAAGGUAGAGUCUACCAAGGAAACACUAAAGACAAACUGUUGCUUGCUGCUCUGUUCAGUAGUAUUUAUUGUUCCAGUGAAAAAGGUGAUUUGACUUUGAAGGAUUUCUAGAACUGUAAGAACCUAUUGAAUAGGGACUGAUAUAUGAAGACAGUCAUUUUUGGCUCAGAAUAUGGGUUGGUUCAAGUUAAUAACAGAUGUUUAUGGGGAUAUAGAAAAAAAAGUCCUAUGAAUAUGAAGAUGUGGAAGCAUUCACCAGAUACCUUACAGCCUGCAGAUGACAUGUUGCUGCUGAGGCUAGAGAGAGACAUAGAGCAUUAAUAAGUGGAGUUUUACAAUAGGUAGUAUAUGGAAGUUAGAGGUGUUUUCAUAGUGAAUGGUGAGUGUAUGAAGAAGCUGUCACUUCCAUUGUUGAGAAGGAACAGCGUGUAUGCAGGUUAAAAAAAAGUAUACUGAAUAAGCUCAGAUACUUCAUUUAAGAUUUAUUUACCAUAUGAAACAUGAAAACUUUAAGUGGCUUUAUGUGAGCGGUUUUUGAUCAGGUGUUAACAGUUAACAGUAUUCAUUUGUGCUGUGACCAACCCUAAACACCUCCCCUCAUUUGCCAAGAUUCCUUUUUUUUAUGCCAAUGAUGCCCUUAUCCAUAUCUAUAUGGAAAUAAUGCUCAAGAGCAAACAUACAUUAUGUAGGAAGUGUCAGUCGCUAUGUAAAUCCCAUACUAAUGACAAACCCAGUAAGUGCAAUGAUAGAAAUGCUUGGUAUACUUUGAUCUUGUAUUGAUAUAUAAAAAUGUAUGUCUGAUGAGAAGAACGAGAACUCUAACAUGUCUAUUGAAUGUAUGUAUGGAUAGUUUUGGGUCUUACUGUAUGACAACAGUUUUUACCCAGUCACAUUCUGACUAUGGUAUGAAAAUUAUUGCACAAAUACAAGUUUUCUUUUUGUUUUCUUACGAUAAACACUAUCUCAUCUUGCAUAUCUUCAUAUUCAAUCAUGUGGAGUACCAGGUGGUGUAUUUAUCUAUACAUUAUUUCUGCUUAAAGGGAUAGUUAAGAUUUUUUUGAAGUGGGGUCAUGUGAGGUACUUAUCCACAGUCUAUGCAUUACCUACAUUAGAUGUCAGUCAACACACCCCCAGUUUGGAGAAGCAGGCUGGAGUCUGACAUGAAAGCUAAGCAAUCUGCUGCUGUGGAGGGGUCAGCAACAAAACGUAAUGUAGCCACUUAAAACCUUAAAAAAACAAUGUUCGUUGAAGUGUACACUAUAUUGAAAGUAUUUUCACUGCUUUACCUCACUGUCAGACAGUGAUUUCCAACUGAAAAAUCAACGGUUUGUCUGAUAGAAAGGUAAAGCAGUGAAAAUACAUAAUAUAUAGUGUACACUUAAACUGAUACUGAUUUUUCUUAUAGGUGGCUGAAAUGUGUUUUGUUGCUGACCCCCAUCCACAGCUGUACAUUGCUUAGCUUCUGUGUCAGACUCCUGCCUGCUUCUCCAAACUGGAGGCGUGCUGACUGAUAUCUACUCUUUGUAAUACACUGACAAUGGAUAAGUACUCUACAUAACCCCACUUCAAAAAAAUCUGAAAUAUCCCUUUAACUGUGUUAUUGUUGAUCAUAUUGUUGGAAAUGAAUUUGUAUGACCAACUUUGAUAUGUGACAGUGCUUUAAAAAGACUCUACCUGCCAUACUGUAUAUACAGCAAUUGGAUAAAGUUAAGGUACGUGCUGUAUAGUAGAGCAUUUAUUGCCAAGAAUGUAAAGCCUCAUCUCCAGGUUCCCUUUCUGAAAAUACAUUUUUAACUGUGUCAUAUUUCUAAUCUAAACCAAAGUCCUUUGAUUAGGCUUAUAGUGCCAGAUCUCUCUCUACUCAAAGGUACACAUCCUGUAUUGAUAUGGCACUGUGAGGUAAUAUUUACAAAUGCCCUACAAUACCUGCAUUAACAUUGUUUACAGGAAUUCUUGCCUUGUUUUUAUUUGUUGCUCUCCUGUGAUACUAAAGCACUGUAACACAUAAUGGAUUGUUUUUCCAGUAUGAUUGUCUUUCCUGUCAUGCUCUGGUUACUUUUUGUUAAGUAUUUGUUUUUGAGUGACUACAUGAGGUGGGUUAUGGUUGUUGUUUGUUUUCUUGUUCAGUUUUUUUUUGUCUAUUUCUUUGGAAUAAACAGAAUGAAAUAAGAUUUUUGAGGAUAUAUGUAGAUCACGUCAUGAUUUGUAUCUGUGAAUUAUUAAUGACUUUUAAAAUUCUCAUGUAAUUUUAAGGCCAAAUUAAGUGAUUAUGUGUAUCUGCCUUAUUUAUAGAGCAAAAUAAAUCUCAAUGAAAAGCC